AUCCUGUACAGCCCCCGAUGAUCGCACUGAGUCUUAACCCACAAAGUUCUUGUGAGAACGAGCAUAUGAUUGGUAUUUCAAUGCUUGAUAUUGCUAGAUCGGGCCCUGCCCUACCAUAGCCAACAUCUGUGGUAGAUAUAAAACCUUUAAUCCGUCCCACUCAAUUGGUCCGACCAUACUUACACACAUUCUACUAUUCUCGAGCAAUCAAACAACUUGCUUUCUCUAUCUUCCUAUUUCAAUCUAUCUUCAAGUUUCACCAAACGACCUUCCAGUUUCAACGCCUUCAAGAUGCGUUAUUCUAUUGCUGCCUCCAUCGCUUGCCUGCUAGCUCUGACCCAGGCGGCGCCCACAUCCAACGAACUCGUCGCCCGCAAGAGUGUCAACGACUGCCAGGAUAGCACCUUCGUUGAUAAGGGCAGUGAGGGCUCCCCUGAUAUUGCUGAUUGCCAGCAUAUCGUUGAGAACAUCAGAGGGGGUGGCACCUGGAAGGUGUCCCAAAUUGGCGCACAAUACACCCUGGCCAGUUUUGGCACCUGCGCGUUUGGUGCAGAGGGCAACGCCGCAAACACCGCAUAUAUGGGAAAUCAGGAUAUCAUGGAUAUCAUUAACGAGUCUAUUGCAAAGUUUGGUAGGCCUGAUGGCAAAGUCGGGGCCAAGGGGAGGGUGGAUUGCAAGAGUGACCGCGGUGGAAUGGGUGUUGGCCGCCUUGAUUGGGGGAUCUACCACACAUAAGCACUUAUAUACGCUCUCAAGCCGCGGUCCGAAGUUUGCGGCGUGGUAGUCAUAUGUUUUGUUCAUCAACUAUUUCGUGACAUCUUUUGUUUGUGCUUUUAGCUUCUGACCUGCGAGCCUGUGUCCAGGCUGCUUUGUAAAUAGCAC